GUAUGACAUUGCUCUAAACACGAACACUAUAGGACCUUCUCGUCUCCUACGCUUCGCAAAGAAAUGCACAAAACUUAGUCUUUUUUUGCACGUAUCAACUGCAUAUGUUAAUGGAGAUAGGCAAGGGAGAAGCAUGGAGAAACCUCUCUUGAUGGGUCAAAGCAUUGCUGCAGAGAGAUCAUUCUGUUCGGAAGAUCAUGUCCCCGAACUGAACGUAGAUGCUGAAGUAGAAUUAGCUUCGACAUUAGCUGAAACAUUUCAUGUAAAGGAAGUAAAUCAAAAGAUGAAGGAUCUGGGUUUGCAAAGAGCAAGAAUGUUUGGAUGGAAAAACACAUAUCAAUUCACAAAAGCUAUGGCAGAGAUGGUGAUAUCAGAGUCGAGAGAGCAGAUACCAGUAGUCAUAAUUCGUCCCAGUGCCAUUGAGAGCACUUAUAAAGAACCAUUUCCUGGUUGGAUUCAAGGGAAUAAAGUUCUAGAUCCAUUGAUUUUGCAGUAUGGGAAAGGCAACCUACCAGUCCUUGUUGGAGAUUGCCAAGCGGUUAUAGAUGUUAUCCCUGUCGACAUGGUUGUGAAUGCGACAUUGGCAGCCAUGGCAAAAAAUGGAAUUUCAAGAAAACCAGAGGUAAACGUGUACCACAUGGGAUCGUCGGACAUGAAUCCAGUGUUGUGGGGGGAUAUAUUCAAGUUUUGUUAUGAACACUUUAUUGGUUGUCCACUGAUGAAAACCGAGAUAAAAAAACUUGAAUUUUUGAAGUCCAUGGAUGAAUACUUGACCUAUAUAUACAAUGUCAUGAGACCAAGGGAAUUGAAAACAAGUCCAGAUAUAGAGCUGCAUCAAAAACUUCAUAAACAAGCCAAGAGAAAAGUAGAAUACUUAAUUCAAUUGGCAAAUUUGUACAAGCCCUACAUGUUCGACCACGGAUUGUUUGAUAGUAGUAAUAUGCGGAAGAUGAUGGAAGAGAUGUCAUUGGAAGAAGAGAAGAAUUUCGGGUUCAAUGUUGGCAACAUAAAUUGGAAGGAUUACAUCUCAAAUAUUCACAUUCCAGGACUCAAGACUCACAUCUUGAAGGAGAGAUUUUGA